AUGAGGCUCCCGGAUAUUCUCACCAAAUUUUUGAAUAUAUACCAUGAACGUGGUCAUCAGAUCGACUUUGACCCUGGGGAUGUGAAGCUUGAGGCAUAUGGUGCAUUCUUUGCCGGAAGUGAUACUACCCCCAUUGCCAUUACCGCAGAAACACAGAACGAUAUAGAAGAGUCUCCUCGGCAGGAAAUUGAACUAGCAACGGUGGACAGCCACCUCAGCAUCCCCCAUAUAUCCUAUGAUGAGACCGUCAAACUACAUUACUUGAGUGACUGCGUGAAAGAAGGCAUCAGGAUGUGUCCAAGUAUCGGCCUUAUCCUUCCCCGCAAUGUGCCAGACAAGUGCUGCGAGGUCGCUGAGCAUUGGGUCACAGGGAAAGCUCGCAUUGGUGUGAAUCCAGCCGUUGUGCACUUGGGUCGAUCUGUCUUUGGGGAGGAUGCUCUCGAGUAUCGUCCGGACCGAUGGUUUAGGCCUGGUGCCCAGGAUAUGGAUCGUUUGGGGCAGGGUCAAGGACUUCUCUUCCUGUGCGGGAUAUACGAAGUCCUUCCGCAACUGAUUCGAUCCUACGGUUUGGAGCUUGUAUCGCCGGAUAAAGAUCCUGAGACCACGGUCGACUUGUUCUAUAAACCUAAUGGGGUAAAAUAA